AUGGCCAAAUCUUUCCCAGUACUCAGCUCACUUUCAUUCUUCAUCAUGAUACAUUUGGUGUUAACUUCUGCUGCAGGUCCCCGGCAAUGGUGGCCACCACAUGGACCUGUUAAGGUGAAAUGUCCAUUUAGGAAAGUAGACUUGAGCUGGUUCAGUGGAACAGUGAACCCCUGCCCUGGUUUAUAUCAACCUAUCUGUGGCACCAAUUUAAUAACCUAUGAGAACCCCUGCAUCUUGUGUGUUGAAAGCAUGAAAUCUCGGGGAAAAAUUAGAUUUAAACAUGAUGGAAAAUGCUAG